AUGAUACUGAAGUCUCCAACGCCUGGCCUCGCCGAGGAAAAACUGCAUCUAUCGGCCUUGGACCAGAACAUCGUGCGCGUUUACACACAGGUGUUCUUGGUCUUCCCGUUUCCCGAUGCCAACCAACGUGAGAACGCAAUCCAGGCUCUGGAGCGCGGACUACGUGUGACUCUUCAGGACUUCACUUUCCUCGCUGGCAAGCUCCGUCUCGCUGAUGAUUCUUCCGGCAAACUCGUGCUCACCUUUCCAACGACGGUGCCCGACUUGGGAGCAUCUGGCGUCUUUGCUUGGAAAGCCAACGAAUCCUUUCGCACCUACGAAGAGCUCAAAAGAGGAGGCAUGCCACCAGACGCCUUCCCUGGGAGUAGACUUCGACCAGACGACUUCCAUAAAUACCCAGGUAUCCCUUCGGAUGGCGAAGGCAUCGUGAACUUCAGCAAUGGUAAUCAGGCACCCGUCAUGCGAGUCCAAGCAGAUUUUAUUCCGGGAGGCCUUGUCUUAAGCACAUAUGUACACCACACAGUAAUGGACUUCGCUGGGAUCAACGUCUUCUGGCAGCGUUUCGCAGAGAACGUCUCCUGUCCGUUAUCGAAGGGACGUAUGAGUGGCACACCAGCAAUAGACUACCGUGCCGACCAACGGUCCAUGCGACAUCAAUUAGACCAGCGGGCCCCUACUCAUGCUUACGGAGAGUCACCCUCCGCAGAAGCCUACGUUGAAGGCACCUACAAGUACGAGAAGUCUCUUCCAGAUGAUACUGAAUGUAUGAUGAAGUACCUGGUCAUCCCCGCGGCCGUCAUCCGCAACUAUCGGGACGGCCUACACAAAUACUUUCCCGGAGAACCACCACCGACGAUCUGCAAUGUGCUUGCUGCGUUGCUGUGGAUCCAUGUCACACGAGCGAGGGCGCACCGAAGAGGUGAUUACGGGCAUGAGAAGUCCAAGAUUGGCAUCGCCACCGAUCUCCGCAAGCGGAUGAGUCCCCCUCUGCAGGACACCUACACGGGCAACAUGGCGAUCUUCGCGACAGGAUCCCUUGAGGUUCAGGAUUUUACUGCUGAUGAAGAGGUAACCGAAGCGACUAUCGUUCACACGAUCAAGGAAAUACGACGUACGAUCGCAAAGGUCGACAAUGAUUGGGUGUCGAAACAUCUCGGGUUCUUCAAGUCCAUCAACACGAUCACAGACACUGAACUCGGCCUCGGAUUCCGCUUCGGUAUGGAUAUCUAUAUCACGUCCUGGAUGAACUUCGGUGCAGAUCUGCAGUGGGGCAUACCGGGCACCGAUUUGGACGAGCAGUCUCUCGGCGGACGUCCCGAGUUUAUAAGACGAUCCUAUGGUGUUGCGGAUGGAGGCAUGAUGAUCAUGCCUCGCCGCCGCCACCAAAUGAAUGGUGAAGAUGCGCCGUAUGAAGUCAUGGUUAGACUUGCAACAGUCGACAUGGAGCGUCUCUUACAGGAGAAGGGCGGGCUGUCCAAAUGGGCAGAGCGCAUUAUCUAG